AUGGAGGUCGACACUGCCACUGAUGAUUCUGCUUCUCAAGCAUCGAACACAUCGGCCUCCUCCAUGGCCAUACAAUAUUCUGUUGAUGAGCUACAAGAAAAUGGUACAGCGUUGAUUUCUGAUCCAAAUGCUGAAGCUGUGAGGAAUGAGGGAAAGAUGAGGAGGCUCAACAGGCGUCUGGCUCUCGCCAACCUGCAGCUUCCAAAACUAACCGCCUCGCUGGACAGUGUGAUUGACCUUCGCACAGAGGAGGAUAAAUUGGGAAAUAUGUCGUGGUUCAAGAAGAAGUUCCCAUCUGUCAAGACAGAUGUAGCAAAGACGGAAAACACAGCUGUGCAUCUACCAGCUAACGUUCCACCUAGCAUAGCUAAGCAAAAAUGCCUCAAGCAGUCUCUCGAAAAGAAGUUAGCUGAGAGAAGAAGGAUCGGGCUUGCAAAACGCAAGGAAUUGUAUAUGGAGGACAACGAGGGGCUUAUUGAAGACGAGGAGGAAGAGGAAAUUGAUGAUGGCAACGAUGCACAGUCGUCACAGAAAAAGAAGAAGGAAGAAGAACCAGAGGACAGCGAUGAUGACUACAGUGCUGAUGACGAGGAAGAAGGAAAGGAAACUGACACAGAAAGCUCACAAAACAGUGAAAUGGUUGAUGAAGAUGAAGAACAAAAGAGUCUAAACCUGAUGUUGGAGGAAGACGGAGAAACCGAAUCUACAGCUGGAAUGACUCAACCACAGUUUCCUAACUCACUUUCACAGUGGUUUGUGUCUGUCUGGACAGCCACUUCAUCCAGUAGAUGUGAGUUUUGCUUCCCUCUAUUGCUCGACUUAUUUUCUUGGCUCUCUACAAAUUAUUUUUGUUGUCAUACAAGGUUCCCGUAUAAAACUCGUUUGUCUGCCGCGUCGGACGACUUCAAGGGAGCCAAAUAUGUUAACAUCGGGACAUUCAGCGACCUAGAUCCUUUCAAGGAUAGUUGUGAGGACGACAUUUUGAUGCUUUGCUCUGGCCGAUUUGAAACUCAGAACUUAACUAAAUCAGAAGCCACCUCGGGAAAUGAUGCGCUUGAUAGGCACGAAGACGUGAACCAAAUCAAAGCGGCUCCCAAAAAGAAACGAGUUCUAAUCGAAUCUGACGAAGAGGAGGACGAUGAUAUGAAGCUUCCAUUGGAGGGAACUUCUGAAGAGAAGCUAAUGAUUACAUCGAAGAAGGAAGCUGAUUCGGACGACGAGCUAGCAGUUAUAAGGAGGCUUGAGAAGAACGAAUUUGAGAGGAACGAGUUCUAUUAUCAGAGCAUCGUGAGAAGUGGUUUCGAUGACGAGGCUUCUCUUUCUGGUGACGAUAUUGGAAGUGACUUGGAUGAAGAUGGAGAUAUUGCAAACGAAUAUGAAGCGGAAGAAGGUAUCAUGGUCGUUUUUCUGUGCGUUCUUUUUCUGAAACUUGGUUGCUUUAGGAGAUAUAAUGAUGAUGUUCCCGAUUCUGAUGUCAUUAGGAGGCAAAAUCACAAACUCUUAUUGAAGCAAGAAAAGGAUCGUGAGCACAAAGAGCUAGUUAAGCUACAAGAUAGGUUGCUGGCCGAUGGUGAUUUGGGUGGUUCCGAUACUAAUAGGACAUUCCGGUUAAAACUGCGAGAAGAUGUGACUGUCGUGGAAGGCAUGGAAGGAGACGCUGAGGCGCCAGAGGAAGAGCAGGAUGAAGAAGUUUCUCAAGCUCAUAUUAGAAGAGUUGAAGCAAUCAAAUGGCUCAUGGAGCACGAAUCAACUCAUGAGGGAUUGGACGAUAAGGAAGAGGAAGAUAUAUUUGAUGUGGCUGCUCGUUCAGUGCACAUUUCUACAGAAGUCUGUGUUAGUACUGUUUCCAAAGCUCCACGAUCUCUGCUUGGGCAACCCAGCCUCGCGAAUGCGAUCAAGGAAGUUGCAGCGUAUGGUGUAUGGCUUUUUUUUUUUUCAAGCACUGCGAUGCUGCGGCGAGCGUUAGCACGUAGUUGGCAAGAAGCUGCACAAAUUCCGCGCUGCAUGACAACUUCAACACGCUGCUAUGCUGCUGUGGGAGCUAAGGUGGUUCCUGCCAAGAUCGACAAAAGCGUUAUCGAAGAAGAUGCUGAAAAGCUGUCGAAAUUUGUCUGCAUAAACUAUUUUAUUCAAGAAUAUGUUAACAUCGGGACAUUCAGCGACCUAGAUCCUUUCAAGGAUAGUUGUGAGGACGACAUUUUGAUGCUUUGCUCUGGCCGAUUUGAAACUCAGAACUUAACUAAAUCAGAAGCCACCUCGGGAAAUGAUGCGCUUGAUUCGCACGAAGACGUGAACCAAAUCAAAGCGGCUCCCAAAAAGAAACGAGUUCUAAUCGAAUCUGACGAGGAGGAGGACGAUGAUGUAAAGCUUUCAUUGGAGGGAACUUCUGAAGAGAAGUUCUUUUGCGGUACAAUUCCCCCAUUCACGACGAUGGCAGCCGCCGGCGCUAAUGAUUACAUCGAAGAGGAAGCUGAUUCGGACGACGAGCUAGCAGUUAUAAGGAGGCUUGAGAAGAACGAAUUUGAGAGGAAAGCCAAUCGUGAGAAGUGGUUCGAUGACGAGGCUUCUCUUUCUGGUGACGAUAUUGGAAGUGACUUGGAUGAAGAUGGAGAUAUUGCAAACGAAUAUGAAGCGGAAGAAGGAGAUAAUGAUGAUGUUCCCGAUUCUGAUGUCAUUAGGAGGCAAAAUCACAAACUCUUAUUGAAGCAAGAAAAAGAUCGUGAGCACAAAGAGCUAGUUAAGCUACAAGAUAGGUUGCUGGCCGAUGGUGACUUGGGUGGAUCCGAUACUAAUAGAACAUUCCGGUUAAAACUGCGAGAAGAUGUGACUGUCAUGGAAGGUGUGGAAGGAGACGCUGAGGCGCCAGAGGAAGAGCAGGAUGAAGAAGUUUCUCAAGCUCAUAUUAGAAGAGUUGAAGCAAUCAAAUGGCUCAUGGAGCACAAGUCUGUGUUUAAUACUGUUUCCAAAGCUCCACGCGAUCUCUGCUUGGGCAACCCAGCCUCGCGAAUGCGAUCAAGGAAAUUGCAGGUGUUUCGAGUGCAAAACAGCUUUACGUUAAUAACUCAUCCAUGGAGCGGAAGAGAUCAUCUUCGCCUUCCUUGGUGA